UGGCAACAUUGUGCGCUGUAAACAACAAGGAGAAGAAAAUAUUUUUAUUUUUGCAAAAUAAUUAAAAUAACAUUGGAACUUUGUAUUAAUGUAAAUCGUUUUAACUAAAGUAAGCAACAAAUAUUUUAAGCCAAUGUUGAGUUAACAAAAUUUUGGAGACAUAACACACCCGAUUAACUCAAUGAAAACAUGGGUGAUAAGAACGGUAUACAGGACUAUUAUUCAUCGGUUUGUCGAACCUGUCUGUCAAGCAGUGGGGAUUUGCUCAAUUUGACCGCGCUUAUUAAUGAUAAUGUGCACCAUAAUGAUGACGAAAUCUCCUAUAUGGACUGCUUAAGGUAUUGCCUGCCUGACGGCUAUAAUGCUGAGACGGAGGACGCGACAUUGCCCAAUAAAAUUUGCAUAGACUGUGCUUCAGCCUUACAAGUGGCCUAUUGGUUUAUGAAGAAUGCUAGCAAAGCACAGGAGGUGUUGAGAGUUCGUAUUCGAGAAUUGCAAGAUAAACAAAAUCAACUGGACAGACAGGCGGCAGCUGCAGAGGAAAGCAAAAAGCCCAAAAGGUAUCGCUGCAAAAUAUGUAACACUAAGUUGGAGACCAAAAGGUCUUUAAAAGACCACGUCAAGCUACAUUUAGAUAUUAUUGCCUAUAUGUGCCAAUUAUGCACAUUUGAGCACCACCAACGUAACCAUCUAAUUGAGCAUUAUCAGCUGGUGCACGGUGUGGAAGCCACUGUUGAACAAUUGAAGCCUAGGACAAAAACCUCACUUUCAAGCAAAGGUGCUACUUCGACAACAACAAUCCGGCAAUAUGAUAACAGAAUAGAGGAGCAGCAACAAACAACAGAGUUACAACAGCAAGCAUGUCAAGUUUAUAUGGAGGCACCUUCAACUCAAAACUCACAUGAAAUUCUAUAUUCAAGUGCUUUAAAUCAGCAGCAAAAUAGUCAAAACUUUUUGUACACUACGACUGGUGACUCCAUAAAUGCAACUGCUGUUGCCAACCCUCUCAAUGAGAAUCUAAACCCAAUAACAACAACAACUAUAUUUGCUCCUACCAAUACAGAUAAUUUCGAAUUUAAUGCUUUCGAAGGAGGCGAACUGAAUGUACAAAACAAUCCAAAUGACAAUGAAUUUAUCGUCAUGACAGGGGGUACAAUGGAGAAUGUUAUGGGCAAAGGUGUUGUCAUCGAGUAUUUUAAUACUGGAGAAGAUGGUACUAUAUCUCUGGAAAAUGGUUUAGUUUUGGAUAAUGCCAUAUUACAAGUUCAAAAUCCUCAACCGGAUAACACCAACAUGUUAUUGGGACAAAACGAAGUGGUACAAAUGGAUGUGGACGAUUUAAUAGUAGAAGAUCCAGAAAAUACGCCAGAACAAACUCAAGAUGCACCGCUUUCUCCCAUCGAUGAAGACAUGAUACCUGCAUCAUUUAUUGAGCAACCAAAAAGAAUCAAUUGCAAAAUUUGUGCCAAAGAAUUCGAUACACAACUGGAGCUUAAAAAUCACAUGUUGACACAUAAUGAAAUACCCCAUUUCUUUUGUGAGAACUGUAGUUUCUAUACAUUUUUCAAAAUUGAUUUGCAUCAACACUACAAAAGUAAGCACGGCAUUCAACCUACAAAUAGGCAAUUGCAACCGAAGAAUAAACAAACAAGAGCUUCGGAAGUUGACAUGGAUCCACAGACAAAGAAAGCAGUGGUACAAAAAAUUGAGAGAUACGCAAGAUCGCCGAGAUUGGUGUACAGUUGUGAUAUAUGCUUCUAUGAAUGUGAUUUGAAAUAUGAAAUUCGUAGGCAUUAUCUGAGCAAGCAUAGGAUGCAAUUGCAAGAUUUCCAGCAGAGACCUACCCGAAGUAGUCUCACCGCUGCCAUACAACCCAUUUCAUUUACAAACAUUGUGGAAUCCUCGCCACCUGCACCACCCGCAGCACCUGCAACGCCAAAAGAGAAUGCUACCAAUAACAACAAAAUUGUUAAAAUAAGAGUCAACUCUGUCAAUAAAAAUGCAAAAGCGGUUGAAGCUGUGAAUCCUUCUGCCAUGGAAGAGCCACAAUUGCCGGAUUAUAUAAAUGGUCUAAACUGUCGAAAGUGUAACGAGGUCUUCUUCUAUCGCAAUAAACUGUAUGAGCAUUAUAAGUUACACACAGCUGCGGAGGAGGCAUUGCGGCAACAGAAAAAGGCUGCAAAGAAACAGACAGGUAAAAGUUUGCCGAACUCACAAAUUCAACAGACAACACCGUUGGUAGAAUCUACUUUGGGCUAUCAGCAGCAGGAAACGGAAGCAACUCAACUACAUCUGCAUCAACAAACGGAUGUUAAUUUACAAUUACAACAACAGGAUAACACAUUAGUGCUACAACAACAGUCAUUGCAAACUGAAGCCCCAUUACAAAUCCCCCAACAAGAAGCUGCGCUACAAAUGUCUGAACCACAGAAUAUCCAAAUGCAAUUACCAGAGGAAACACAAAUUCCCCCCGAGUUGCAAAUGCAAUACAAUCAAGAUUCCCAAACACAUCAAACGCACCUUCAGGUAUUGCCGCAAUUGCCUCAGCCACACCAAGAAGUGGUUAUAACUACAACACCUUUGGACAAUGCCAUACAGACGACAUUCAACAAUGUCGAUGCCAUGUCAUUGGUUCUAACAUCCAACACAAACACCAUGAGUAAUAAUCCCGCGGCACCAUUAACCCCCUCCUCCAGUUCGACCUACACAUUGCCCUCAGAUGCCAUACCACAAAUUGUGGAAAUGGAGCAAACCAUUGAGACCGAUAUGGAUUUUGAUUUUAAUGGCGAUGCAUUAUUUGAAGAUUUUGAUGAUGUCGAUGUGGAAAAUGAAUCGGAUGAUAAUGACCUGCGUAACAUUGUGCUGACCUCCGAUGAUGAUUUCGAUGAUAUGCUUAAGGAACAGGGAGAAACACAAAUUCAGACCACCACUUCGUAUUGUGCUCAGUGUCAGAAAACAUUUUUGAGCCAAUACCAAUUUGAGAAUCAUAUGUUUUUGCACAGAGGGCUGGCUCCUUAUCGUUGCGAAAUGUGUACGAAUCUCUAUAAUACCAAACGUGCUUUAAUACGUCACUACAGUGCUGUACAUAAAAAAAUACCCUCCCGCGAUAUGAUCCAGGCAAAAGGAGAUAAAGUGUGUGUCUAUGACAAAUCUUCGACGGAGUAUACGAACAUAGAAGAAUCACAGGCCAUAACACUGAUGUGUGCUAAGUGUACCUAUGAAUCAACAGACUUUCCCAGUGUGCAAUUGCAUCUAAACACCAAUCAUAGUAUUCAUGAUGAUUCAUAUAUACUUAGAAAACUUUCCUUCGAAUGCCCACGCUGUAUUCGAUCAUUUUCAACCAAAGCAAAACUUCUGCGACAUUUGGAGCAUAAUCAUUCAUUGACACCCAUAAAUGAAACAAAAUCUCAAACAAAUUCCACAGAUAUUCCCGCCUCGACAACAGCAACAACGGCGAAUACAAAUGACGCCCUAGCACCUCCAUCCGCACCCACAUUAAUUGUAGAUAGUGUAAAUAUGUUACAAAUGAACGCCACAAGCGAACUAAGCUUAGAACCGGAAAAGGAAACUAACAAUGAACAGCUGGUGGCAACGCAACUUGUAGAUAUACAACCUGCAACUGCCGAAAUUCAAAUAAUUGAUACCCAAGCUCUUAAUAUUCAACCAAAUCCAAGGGCAGAAGAAACCCCACUGGUAGCAGCUCCAUAUAUCGAUGUACAAACAGAGAAAGCAAAUGCCCAAACUGAGCUAGGAAAUGGCGAAAACAAUAUAGCGGUCUCCCUUUCACCUUUUGUUACACUUGCGGUCUCCCUCUCGUCCCUAAGCCAAAAACCUGAUUUGUAUGUGAGCUCUGUAAAGCAACCUGAUCAGUUCGUGCAAACACAAUUUAUGGAGAUCCCAUCAGGAACCCCAACGCUUGGUAAACAUAAAGAGGCAGCUGAAAGCCCAGCUAUGACAGAAGAACUUCAAAAUGACAGCAAAACUAUAAACGAAAAUCACGAAAAUGACGAAAGUCAAAUGGGCGUCUCCCUCUCGCCCUUUGACAUGACCUGUUCUAUUUUGCCUAAUGAUUUUUCCCUUAACGAACCUGCCGAAGACCCAAAGGAUAAGUCAUGUGACGCUGACAUUGCUUACUAUACUAAUACGGACCCCAAGACGCCAGAUCUAUCCAAAACUGAGGCAGACUCCUCGUACUCCUCAGAUCCCCAGUCUUCGACUAACCCCAUCAAAACCAAUUUAAUUCUCUACAAAUGCAAAGUAUGUGAAGGUGAAUGCACCAGCAUAGAACAAGUCCGACUACACACCAGAAAUGCCGAAUGUCGGGAGCUAGUCAAAAUAUCGAAAAAAGACAAUCCGCUCUUCAAAUGUGAAGUUUGUGAAGCCAAAUAUCCCAACACCUAUCUACUGAGACACCACCUAAGGCGCCAUAUUGAGCGGAAAUAUCCUUGUUCGUAUUGUCCCAAGUCUUAUUUAAGCAAAAUCGAGGUGGAUGUCCAUCAACGAAUGGCUCACUCUGCGGAACGGCCAUAUAAGUGUGACAAAUGUCCCAAUAGCUUUCGUUUAAUGCAUCACUUGAGACGGCACCUGGAUAUCAUACACUUUGGCAAACGUCAUUUGUGUCCCGAGUUGAAGUGCAAUAAGCAGUUCAGUACCCUGAGCGAGAUGAAGAAGCAUAAGCAGUCUCAUUACGGAGCUAUUGAGCCAUAUAAAUGCAAGUACUGCCCGAGUGUAUUUAAAAGGCGUCUCUUAUUACGCAAACACUUCUCAAUUGUUCACAAGAAAAAUCUUAGCGACGAAGAAACCUCCUCCAGUCGCAACAUAAAUAAAGAAAAGUCUCACGUAAGAUUUGGCAUGAGGCGUCUACGUAGUCGAGAGUAAUUGCAGUAACCACCAUAACCAUAAAGUACCACACUUGGAGAAAUAUAUACACCCCUAGUCUUAGAGUUUAGUUUUCCAAAGAAUCCAAUUUUCAAUACAACAUAUUUUCUGUACGUAAAAAAAAAAUUAUUUAUUUUUUCAAAUAAAAGUUCAAUAAUAUUUAGAACAA